AUGAACAACAGCGGACGAUAUACGUUGAACAACGUCCGCGAUUACGCUAAACAUAUUGUUUUGUGUGUUACAAAUGACGAGUGCAAGAACAUCAACGAUCAGGUGCUCCACAGUCGAGUGACGGGGUCGCAGAGGGUGUACACCGCCACCGACACCGUCGUAGCCGACGACGACGACGAGGCGGCCAAUUUUCCCGUAGAGUUUCUCAACACUCUGGAAGUGGACAACUUGCCGCCGUACAGGUUGACUCUGAAGGUGGGCGCGAUCGUCAUGUUGCUGAAGAACCUGGACACGGCCAGACGGCUGUGCAACGGCACCAGACUGGUAAUUACUGAGCUCAGGCAACAUAAUUUUAAAGCUAAACUGUUGACAGAUCUCGACGCCGAGGAGAUAGUCGUUCCGAUCGUUCAGACGAGGACGUCCGGGGACGGCGACAUUCCACGUCGCAUGUGUCGUUACCAGUUCCCCGUGGGCUCUGCUACGCCAUGA